AUGAGCAAUUUUUCAGUUGCACCUUCUCUACCCACUGUAGCCGAUGGUCGCACUCAUCAAGGUUUGGUGGGAACUGAUCUGUGGAACUUUAUUUUUAUUGAGAAUCUUCAUAUCAUCCCCACUCUUUUGGACAUCCCACGCUUUAGUGAGGCUUUAGCAAGCACAUUGUCACAGUUUCCGACAUUUGCUGGGCGUCUUCGACACAGCAAGAGCAAGGAAUGGAAAAUUGAGUUAACAAAUUCUUCUGUUCCCGUGAGCAUUGUGAAAAGUCAUGGGCGCGCCAUUCAGCAUCCAUUCGUCGUGUUGGACACCCUUGGACGCUAUAUCGAACCAAUAGAUUUUGCCAACCUCAUAAACAAUGAUAAACCACUCGUUUCAUUCAAGCUUACAUUCUUCCCUGAAUCGAAUGAGACUGCCAUCGGCAUGACAGUAUCCCAUUUCCUCGCUGAUGGAUUCCAGCUUCUGCGAUUCACAAAGACGCUGUCCAGCUUCUACCAGCAACAGAACCCUGAACCCUUCGAACUGCAAGAACCCAAAACUUUCCUCCCAGAUAAAGGUAUCGGAGAAUCUCAUGACCCAGCCCCAGACCUACCAUUCAACCAAAGUAUUCCGGCUCCUGAUUUUUGGUCCACUUGUCAUCUUGAUGUUCCCGCUGCACAGCGUCGCUACAUCUCAGAUUACAGAAACUCUUCCCCCAUUAACUUGAGGUUUUCCCCUGAGCUGCUAGAGAAAUUAAGGAGUACUAUUGUGAAGGAUGCUGUUGAUACAACGGGAAAGUCCACAUCUCGGUGUCUCGAUUCCGCUCCAUGGCCUCAGGUAGAUGCAGAAUCUCGCCUCGCCUCCCUCGAACUCCCCGAGGCAUUGAUCCACCAAAUUAGCCGCCUUGAUGCUGUUGCAGGAUAUUUGGUAUCGUUGAUCAAUCGCCACUCACCUCCAGAUCGACGCGUGACUUUCAUAAGGAAUAACUUUAACUUUCGGAACUGUGCAGGAUCGGAGUAUAUCAGCGGUAAUGGCACCGCAAUUAUUUCGACGAAUCCUCUGUUUGGACCAAAUGAGCAAACUUCGAUGUCAUCUAUGGCUCUUGCUAUCCGCCGAUCUAUUGUUCAGCAUGGCGCCACUGUGAAUGGGAAUGCACAGACUUCGACAAUGAACGAAUCUGUCAUUGAUGCUUCUCUGAUGCUUCUCGUCUGCUUCCUUGGGUUUCUAAAUAUGUUCGUCCUGGCUUCGAACAGAUAUGACUGGAAUUCUGCACACUUUGGUUUUCCUGGGUGCACCCGGUUCCAUACUGCCUGGCUUGCAAAUCGGUAUAUCCGCGUCUUCCGUUCCAAUCCAAUUCUGGAACUAAGGGAGAUCGAGGGUCGGGAUGUGGUAGACUGCGCCGUUGUCGACGCCAGAGAAGGAUACAUUGAUGUUCAGUUUAAGGUGGACAAGGAAUUCCGUGACGUGUUGCAGACAAGGAUAGACAGGGACCUUGAAGCUGUUGAAAAACAAGGAGGAUUCGUGUUCGAAGACCCCUAG